GCUGGCGCUGCGGGAAUGUGUGUGGCAGCCCAGGACCAGUGCGCGUCAGGCACAAAAGGACGAGGAGACAGGGGCCUCUCCCAGGAGGCGUCUGUUCCUCCUCAGCCCCCGCGAUGGGCUCUGGACGUGGACCGGAUGGUUCUGUACAAAAUGAAGAAAUCCGUGAAAGCGAUCAACAUCUCCGGGCUGGCGCACGUGGAGAACGAGGAGCAGUACACGCAGGCACUGGAGAAGUUUGGUGGCAACUGCGUGUGCAGAGACGACCCGGACCUGGGAAGCGCCUUCCUCAAGUUCUCAGUGUUUACCAAGGAGUUGACGGCCCUUUUCAAAAACCUGAUUCAGAACAUGAACAACAUCAUCUCCUUCCCUCUGGACAGCUUGCUGAAGGGGGACCUGAAAGGCGUGAAGGGGGAUCUGAAAAAGCCUUUUGAUAAAGCCUGGAAGGACUAUGAAACCAAAAUCACCAAAAUCGAGAAGGAGAAGAAGGAGCACGCCAAGCUGCACGGGAUGAUCCGCACGGAGAUCAGCGGCGCCGAGAUCGCCGAGGAGAUGGAGAAGGAGCGGCGGUUCUUCCAGCUGCAGAUGUGCGAGUACCUGCUGAAGGUCAAUGAAAUCAAGAUCAAGAAGGGAGUGGAUUUACUUCAGAAUCUGAUCAAGUAUUUUCAUGCCCAGUGCAAUUUUUUCCAGGAUGGACUGAAGGCCGUGGAAAACCUCAAGCCCUCCAUCGAAACGCUUUCAACAGAUCUCCACACAAUCAAACAGGCCCAGGAUGAGGAACGAAGGCAGCUGGUGCAGCUCCGGGAUAUUCUGAAAUCGGCGUUGCAGGUGGAGCAGAAGGAGUCUAGGAGAGACUCGCAGCUGCGCCAGAGCACAGCCUACAGCCUCCACCAGCCGCAGGGCAACAAGGAGCACGGCACCGAGCGCAGCGGCAGCCUCUACAAGAAGAGCGACGGGAUCCGGAAAGUGUGGCAGAAAAGGAAGUGCUCCGUGAAAAACGGGUUUCUGACCAUAUCGCACGGAACGGCGAACCGGCCCCCCGCCAAGCUCAACCUCCUCACCUGCCAAGUGAAGACCAACCCCGAGGAGAAGAAGUGCUUCGACCUCAUUUCGCGUAAGGGGGCCGGCGGGGCCCGGGCCUGUCACAGCGCCCUCUCCUCCCCCAGAUGGAUGUCCGUGCUGCAGAACAGCAAGGAGGAAGCCCUGAACAACGCCUUCAAGGGCGACGACCCCCCCGGGGAGAACAACAUCGUGCAGGAGCUGACGAAGGAGAUCAUCGCGGAGGUGCAGAGGAUGACGGGCAACGACGUGUGCUGCGACUGUGGGGCGCCAGACCCCACGUGGCUCUCCACCAACCUGGGCAUCCUGACCUGCAUCGAGUGCUCGGGGAUCCACCGCGAGCUGGGCGUGCACUACUCCCGGAUGCAGUCCCUCACCCUGGACGUCCUGGGCACGUCCGAGCUGCUGCUGGCCAAGAACAUCGGGAACGCGGGCUUCAACGAGAUUAUGGAGAGCUGCCUUCCAGCCGGGGACCCCGUCAAACCCAGCCCGGGCAGCGACAUGAACGCCAGGAAGGACUACAUCAUGGCCAAGUACAUCGAGAGGAAGUACGCACGGAAGAGACACGCGGACGGCGCGGCCAAGCUGCACAGCCUGUGCGAGGCCGUCAAGACGAGGGACAUCUUCGGGCUGCUCCAGGCCUACGCCGACGGCGUGGACCUCACGGAGAAGAUCCCCCUGGCCAACGGGCAUGUAAGCGCCCGGAGUGAGUGUCAUCCUCCCCACUCACCCUCAAUCCCCGGGGCUCACUGUUCCCUCUCUCUCCCCCGGUCGCCGGCCAGCGGGAACCUGGACAGACAGACGGGGAAGGGCAGCACGGCCCUGCACUACUGCUGCCUGACGGACAACGCCGAGUGCCUGAAGCUGCUGCUGCGCGGCAAGGCCUCCAUCGAGAUCGCUAACGAGUCGGGGGAGACGCCCCUGGACAUCGCCAAGCGCCUGCGGCACGAGCACUGCGAGGAGCUGCUGACCCAAGCCUUGUCUGGAAGGUUCAACUCCCACGUGCACGUGGAGUAUGAGUGGCGGCUGCUGCCCGAGGACCUGGAUGAGAGCGAUGACGACGUGGACGAGAAGCUGCAGCCCAGCCCCAGUCGGCGGGAAGACCGGCCGGUCAGCUUCUACCAGCUGGGCUCCAGCGCCGCGUCGGUGGCCAAGGACAAGCAGAGGGGCUUCGCGCCCAGCAUCGUGCAGAACAGGAGGCCUGCUCCGGGGACUGACAAGUCGACCCCACUGAUCAGCAAAGGCCAGCCGCGAGGCCCUGCAGCGGACGUCUCCGGGACAGAAGCUCUGGGUCCUCUGUCCAACACCCCGGCCCUGCAGCCCCCCGCGCCCAUGCCCAGGAAGUCACAGGCGGCCAAGCUGAAGCCCAAGCGCGUGAAAGCCCUCUACAACUGCGUGGCCGACAACCCAGAUGAGCUGACGUUCUCCGAGGGGGACGUGAUCAUCGUGGACGGGGAAGAGGACCAGGAGUGGUGGAUCGGCCACCUCGAUGGAGACCCCAGCCGCAAAGGAGCGUUUCCCGUGUCUUUUGUGCACUUUAUUGUGGACUGAAUCGCUGCUGAACAAGCACCCUUAGCAGCGAUGUUCCUGUUCAUUGUUGGUACCACACUCUUGCCAGAAACCAGUUUCAUGAACUGUAGGCCCACUUGCUCGAAUGCCACUCACUGUUCUGUUUUUAAAACUCACAGGCCAUUUCUAUCUACAAAUGGAUCGUUUUUUAUAAUUUGUGAUUUUCAUGAAACAUGGCUCUACUUUUAUUAGGAAAAACUGAAUUGCCUAAAAGGUGAGCUAAAAAGCUAUUUUAACUACACAGUCAAGAUCCCGAAUCGACAGAAUUAGCGGAACCCGAUUCGAGGACCAGAGAUUCUGCCUGCGCUCCUUGGCCCGAUAAUGACGUCGGUGCUGCCAGCUACUCGUCGUUUAGGAGGCGACAUGCUAUCAGUUCCCCUUUAGAGACCUUUUAAAAAUGCCUUCUUAAGAUUUCCCUUGAAAGCCACCCAGUGUUCAGUUAAAGCAACUUGGAAACGGACACUAGCAUUGUACACUCCAACCCUGAUGUGUGAGGGUGCGACGCUCCUUGUAUUCUGCAUGUGUGUGUAACCUGUUGUGAACAAUCCAUCCUCCCUAACAAAACUGCCAAUAGCUGAUCGUGGCGCACGAUAGUAACAGUUCAUUCGGUUCCAGGGUGGGUGACACUGCGUUUCCUGAGUUCGGUUAAAAACUGACGACGAUGGAUUGCAAAGGGGUUCUUCCCACUGGUUUGGAUGCUCUAGGUGUUUCGGAAACUGCCUUCCUGAGCUCCCUCCAUCGCACAGGUAGCCCGCGUGCGGGCCCCGCUGUUGCCACCCGCUCGUUUCCCACUGAGUGUGCCCGCCUUCUCUUCUCGCCUGAGAACGCCCCAGUCUAGUGUCUGGUAUUUAUAUCACACGCCGAUAGGCUAGUGGUUACACUGUCUUGACAUUUAAUCUUCCUUCGUCGGUAGCCAAGCGCAUAUCAGAAACCCAUAGGCCCCGGGAAUGAAACACACCCAGACAUCCCAGUUUUACUCUAAGCGUCAUAUCGUUCUUACACUUAAACUACUGGGGCUAGGGGGUUAGGUUGUAUGUGAUAAAAUCAACUCAUUAGUUUGAUGAACUUGACUGUCAUACCUCUACCUAGUCAUUGAGUGUGUUCAUGGGAGGAUGUGGGAAACGCCGGCUCUCUGAGGAGAAACGGGCAUAAACGCCCACCUGGCUUUUUACCACCAGCCCAGGCCCGAGCUGCAGUGCAGGCUCGGAGAGGAGAGCGAGGCGGCGGCGCCUUGGAGCAGAGCAGCCUGUCACGCGGGUCCUUCUUAUAAGUGUAAGAUGUUUGCUUUUGUUUGUGAUUGUGUUGUUUUUCGUUGCUAUUCUGAAGGAAGACAGAACUGGAAUGUUUUAUGAUGUUGUAUGCCCAUUGCUCUUUGCCUGUCACAGUUCCAGGUAAAGUGUGUUAGCUGUAUAAUUAGUCUUAUUUUUUAAAGCACUACAUCUCUUUUCACUGAUUGUUAACUUCUGUUGUUUGAACCCUCCAUUUAGUUAACUUUCUCGCAGAUUUAAGGAAGUGAACAGAUGUGUUUUUUGCACCACGCACUUAUUUUAACACAGUCCCCCCACAUCUGCCUCUUACAAUCCGCCUUUGACUCCUCGGUGCCACUGUGUGGGAAUUAAAGUUGAUCCUAUCAGCAUUCGAAUACCACUCCCAAUCUGGUGUCCCAGGCUCACUGGGGCAGACAUCCAGGAAAUACUUUCCAGGCUACAGUUCGGUGGUGCUAUUGUGCAUCAUGGAUAUGACUCUUGUCAGAGGAGAAAUCAUCAACUUCCCUGCUGAUAGCCUUUCCUACUUAUUUGCUCUCUGCAAAUAAAUUUAAAAAGUGAGAGGAAGGAAAGCGUUGUAGAUAUCUAUUUAUAUUCCAGGUUUAUGUUCCAUGAACUUCGCUACGGGAUCCUGGCAUUGUGUGUGCCCUGGUCAGGUCUGACUGCAGGCAUGAGGACUGGGAAACGGGCAGACCCCGUGUGCUCUGCUGAGGGUGGGCACUGCCACAUGCAGCUGGAAAUGCUCGGAGAUGUAUGAUACUCGAUUCAUCCACUCAGUUCCUUUGGUCUAGUUGCAGCGCAACUGUACAUAUUGUAUAACCUAAAUCCUUAUUUUCAUUGUCCUCGAUGCGGUGAUUUAUACCUAGAGCAUGUUAAUAAGUCUACUCUUCUUGGUGACUAGUCAUUUGACUAGAAAAAAUAAAAUACUUUUAAAUGGA